AUGGACUUCUGCGUGAAGGUCUGGGACAUCCCGCAGCAAACGGUGCUGCACUCCUACAGAGCUCACUCCGGUUCAGUGACGUGUGUGGCUUCUUGUCCUGGUAAGGACACUGUGUUCCUGUCCUGUGCUGAGGACAGCAGAACUUUGCUCUGGGACACCAGAUGCCCCAAACCAGCUACCCGAAUCGUUUGCAGUGCCUGUAAUUACCUCCCUACCUCACUUAUGUGGCAUCCACAGAAAAGUGACAUCUUUGCUUUGGGUGAUGAAAAUGGAACAGUUGCACUAGUAGACACAAAGAAUCCUGAUUCUGCCCUCAGCUCCACUGUGCAUGCCCGAAGUAUCACGGGGUUUGCAUUUUCUACACAUAGUUCACCCUUACUGGCAACGAUCAGUGAAGACUGUUCAGUAGCUGUUCUUGACUCAGACCUCUCGGAGGUGUUCAGAAACCGUUCUCAUCGAGACUUUGUAAAAGGCUUAUCGUGGUCUCCUUCGGACGAUGCCUUGCUCACUACAGUUGGAUGGGAUCAUCAGGUUUUACAUCACACUGUCCCCUUACCAACUGGUGAAGCUUCUGGAGUCAACUGUGUAAAAGAAUAGUUUUAUAAACUCGUGGUCCAAAUUCCUUCCUGGCAUCACUUUGAUUCUGCUGAAGUCAAAGGUGUGUGUGAACUGGAGUGGGCAUGGUCUGUUUUCUGCCUUGAAGCUUGUGACUAAGAAGGUUCCUGUAGUAAUUUUGCAUUAGGCAUAAGUUAGUUACAAACCAAGCUUUACCCUCUCCUUGGGCAUUGGCUUCACCUGUGAUAAGACUUCAGUAUUUUACCCAGAAAAAAAAUAAAUUGACUUCAGGCACAGAGGAGACGUGAGAGACAGAGAAUUAAGUAUAAUUAAAAAAAAAAAAAGGACUACUCUAUUCUUCCCUCAUUUCUCCAAACCACGGAAUUAGUAGAAACAUUUUUGGGGAGGUUAAAAACAAUACCUCUCGUUAAUUGGAGGCAAGAGCUUCAUCCUUGAGCAAAGCUCCUUGCUCUGUAAAUCAGUUCUUCCAGCUGAAGGGGAAGAUGCGUUAGCAUUUACAGACUAGAAGGGUUCCACUGUUGUCCUUACCGCAGCACGUGGUUUAGAGGUUCAGUCUUUGCUAUCUGCUAGUGUGGAUCCUAGGGCGAGCACUGUUUAUGCACUUCUGCUCCCUUGCUGGGUAUCGGAAUGCCAGUGCUUGGCGUGAGGAGCCUUGUGUGCUGUGUAAGGAUCCCAGCUGUAGCCCUGAGAUUGAACACCUUCAUGACACUGCAUGGCCCGUGCUGAAAUACUGGGACCUGCGAUGUUAAAAAUCGGCUCGCAGCAGAGGCCAGCUCAAAGGGGCUGUUACUGUAGCGUGCUGGAAGCCAGAAGUUGGCAGUCGCUGUGCUGUUUGAUGCCAUGUUUCAUCUCCUCUGUGCUGAAGACAACUUACUCAAAGAUCAGACCUGUGAACAAACGUUUUAUGUAAGGAAAAAAACUGGA